AUGGACACAGGAAGGCCGAAUUGGUGAAGUCAAUUCAUGAGAGGGUACGGCUUCAAAUUGCGCAGAAGAAUGAAAAGUUUGCUUCCUAAGCCAAUAAAGGGCGAAGGCGUGUUAUCUUUGAACCAGGAGAUUGGGUUUGGGUUCACAUGCGCAAAGAAAGAUUCCCAGCCCAUAGAAGGACUAAAUUGCAUCCUCGAGGUGACGAUUCGAGGUCGAAUCUUUUUGAGGAGGGGGGGAAUGGUGGGCCCCAUGGUAGGCCGAAUCUUAAAGAUCCCUUGCAAGUUCCAAAUGGGCCAAUCACAAGGUCAAGAGCUAAGAAGAUCAAGGAAGCAAUGCAAGGAUUGGUACAAUCCACUUGGGCUGAGUUUGCAAAUUUAUCGAGCAAUACCCCAACAUUCAAUAUGGGCUUCAAAGAAGAUGAACUAGCUUUAAUGCAUGUGAUCCAAGCUACAUAAGGAUAAUAUUAUUGAUAAGGAUAAGAUUAUGGUAGAUAGGUUUAAUAGUUGAGUUGGAAUGAAAUUCCAACUUAUUAGGAUUAUAUUAUCUACUAUAUCCUAGUGGAUUGACAAGGAUCAUAUUAGAGUAAGAGGUGGAGCUGGAAUAUA